CUUAAAAUAAGAGAGGUAAACUAGAGAGAGAGAGAGAGAGAGAGGGAGGGAGAGAUGGCGACGGUGGUGAAGAGCAUAGUGCAGGCGAUCAAAGAGAAAGGUCUGGGGACUUUUCUGAGGGAGGCUAGGGGAGAAGGUUACCUAAAAUGUCUAGCUGAUGGAAACCUUUUGCAAACAAAAAUCCACAAUAUUGGGGCAAAGCUUGUUGGUGUUGAUAAAGUUGGGAACAAAUAUUAUGAGAAUCUUGACACUCAAUAUGGAAGACACAGGUGGGUUGAAUAUGCGGAGAAAGGUCGCUACAAUGCUUCUCAAGUGCCACCAGAAUGGCAUGGUUGGCUACAUUACAUAACAGAUCAUACAGGAGACGAGCUUCUGAUGCUAAAGCCCCAGAGGUAUCACCUUGAACACAAGGAAAAUUUCACUGGUGAGGGUGAUGAAUUUAUCUACCACUCUAAAGGGCACAGCCUCAAUCCAGGGCAGAGAGACUGGACCAGAUUUCAGCCUUGGGAACCAACAAAACCCUGAGCUAUAUCAUUCCUGAUAAAACUCUUACAAUCCACAGUAUUUGGCUCUUCAAUGUUGUAAUAAUGACUUGCACUUGUGUAAGCUGUGAAUCCUUUUGAAGGUAAAAAUGAUGUAUUGAGUUCAAUAGACGAGCUUUCAUUGUGAUCUGAUGUAUCGUGUUGUUGGAUAAGGAUGUCAUGGUCCACAUUCUUGUGUAGUAUUUUGGUAAUACAUUAUUGUGUAGUAUGCAACACCAUAUUGAGUACUGAACUACAGAUUUUAAUUAA